UUUUAUAUUCAAAAGGAUAUCGAAUCGUUAUAGUUUGAAGGAAAAAAUAAUUACUUAGAAGAUAUAACAGAAUUAUCUAAAAUUUAUUCAGAGGAGAUGGUUGAUGAUUAAAAGAAAUUAUAAGAUGAUAAUAAAGUUAUUGAUGAAAUAUAAAAACAGUUUGAAGUACUUUUUAGCACCCCUUAGUAUUUAUAAAUGAAUUAAAUAAUAAAAAAUACAAAAUGCCUCAUUAAUGAAGCAAAUGAAGACACUAUUAUAAUAUAAUCAAUCAAGCUAACAAUGAUAAGGUAUUAAAUAAAUUAUUGAAUUAGAAAACUCCAAGUUUGAGCAAAACAUGUAAGAUACAUGACAAAGAAAUUAUCAUGUUUGAAGUAGAAUCAAAUAAGGAAAUAGAAGAAAGAUUUAUGUGUGUGGAUUGUAUGAAAG